AUGAACGUCCUCGCCACUGCUGCCGCUACUACUACUGCGAUGCAGAUGCCCGCCACCGCCGGCAAGAAGCGCGCGCUGACCGAGUCGGGCUGCUUCGCCCCCUCGUCUCCUCUUGCUGCUGCUGCUGCUGCUGCUUCGACCGCCGACUGCAGCCUUGUGACCGCGGGCCACGACGACGACGGCGAGGAGAUCCUGGUGGAGGCCGAGCCGCUGCCGCACGAGAUCGAGACGGACCCCGCGCUGCGGUGCCGGUACCCGAGCAAGCACUGCCUGCGCACGCGCACGGUCAAGAAGACGGGCGCGCUGCACAGCAUGUGCGCGUUCCACCGCGCCAAGGCGAACCGCAACCAGCGGCGGCUGGAGAAGCGCAAGCGCCUGCGGCUCAACAGCAGCAGCAACGUCGCGGAGAGCGUGUCGCUGGGUGCUGGGCGCCCGCACCUGGUGAAGCAGGAGCCGGUCGCGGUCGAGGCCGCGACGACGACGCUGCUGCCGACGUUCUCGUCGCCGAGCUUCAAGAGUUUGCUGCUGGGGCAGUCGACGCCUCCGCCGAUUAUGCUGAUGCAGCCGCGGUCCAACUCGCCGCGCGAGGUGGCGGCCGAGUUUGAGCCGUUCCGGACGCCGGCGGCGCUGUUCCCCGAGGACCUCGAGGAGCUGUGCGAGCUGGUGGACGUGAACACGCGGCAGUCGCGUGUGACUACGCUGGACGACGCGGAGUUUCUAGACAUGGUGGGGCAGUGCCUGCUGUAG